GAAUUGUAGGUUAUGUUUCUUAACAAACUUCAAAUAGCUCUUUUCUGACUUUUAUGUGUUUUUAUUUAUACGUUAUUUAUUUGUUCCAAAAGUAAGCAAUAGAAAGAUAAAAGGUUUAUGUUUCUCAGUGAUACUAUGUCGUUUGAAAUUAAUUCAAGCAGUUCUGUCAGUCAUAAGAGUAUACAUCGCGGUGACAAGAGUAAAAACAUGGUUUUAAAUCGUAGUAAUAUAGUGAAUCAAAGUAAAUCUAAAAAUUUUAGUCGGCAUAACAAUUGCAAUAAGCAAAACUAUAUCCCUAACUUCAAUAUACCAGGUUCAUGCUCUUACUCAGUGCCUUUUUCUUGCUUACAAGAGGGGCCCAUGUCUCUUCCUCCAUACCCUUUAAUACAACCAAUGAGCUCUAGUUAUAUUCAGCGGAAAAAUAAAAUGAAUUCGUAUAAUUACCCAAAUUUGAAUAAUAUGUUACAAAAUGAACCAAACGAAUAUAUGAGUUUACCCGUUGUAAAUGGUGAUGAAAAUGAGAACUCUCGUGAUAGAAGAAGAUUCUCAGACCCAGGAUUGCCUUGCGAUAGUGACUCGAGUUCCCAUUCGUGUGAAAAGCGUAUAGUAAAGGACUUAAUGCAAGAAAUUGAUUUUUUAAAAGAUAGCAAUCAAAAAUUAGCGGGCGAGAUAAACGAGUUGAGAAUGGAGGUAAAUAUAUUAAAACAACAACAAAAUAUGAAAUACAAUGAUCGCGAAUAUGAGCCUGGUAUGUUAGCUGAAGUAAUAAAAGAAAUUAGGGAUGCUGCGAGAGUCAGAGAAGAUGCCUUAUUGUCCAAAAUAAAACAUAUGAUUGAAGAGAAACAGUUUUCAAUGACUCAAUUUCAUAUGGCGACAGAAAAAAAUCGUCAUAAUGAAAGACUCACUAAGUUAGAAGAGCAGAUGAAAAAUCUUAGCACAAGCAGCAUCACAAGGGAUGAUUUGUCAUUAACUGAAGAAGGAAUAAGUUCCGCUAAACAGGUGUUAGAAUUAGAGAGAGAAGCUUUGACACUACGAAGGGAGCUACAAGAAACCAGGGCCAAGAAGGAAGAGUCCGAUCAAAAAUUAUUCCAUCUGACAUUGGUUAUUGAGAACAAACAGAAACCUAACGACGAAUGGAGAGCAAAAUGUCCAUGGUAUUCGCCGGAAAAGGCCGAAUGUGAAUCCCAAAACCCUACAGAAAUAUAAAGUGCCCACAAAAUAUCGAAAAUAAAUUAUAACAUACAUUCCCUUGGUUCAAUCGCAUUUAUUUGAGAAAUAUGUGUACUUAAAUGUGACUAUUUAAAGAGGUUGCGUUUUGUGAACCCGAAAUUUCAACAUCAGCAACCUAAUCGAUCAAUUUCAAUGUACUAUUCUGCAAAGGUAUUGUUUUAGAUUUACAUGUUUUUAUAUAUAUACCUACUUGCAAAACCAAAAUCAAAAACAAAUAAAAGUGAAAAACGAAUGGUCAGUCUCUAUGUAGUAAGUAGGUCUAUUAGAAUGUAACCUCGAGAAAAUUUUGUAAAAGUAAAGGUGCGUGGUUGGUGAUGAAAGAGAGGUUGUUGUGGUGGUCUUGCGCUGGGUCCUUCCAUAUCGUUGUGUGGUCCUUCUGCAUGGUGAAGGUCGCAUCUGAAGAGCACUUUAACCACGAUGACUCGGUAGUAUCUACAUAUAACCACGCGGGUCGAGUGCUACUUACAUUAUGCAUCGACAAGAUGAAAUAUAUUAUGUAGGUGCUGCAUUUAGCAUCAUCCUAACAACUAAACGUUGAAUGUGGCGGAAGAAAGCAACGAGUGGAGCUCGGCGAUACUACGAUGGUGAUGAUGAUUUACAUUCUAAAAAUAAUCAUUGAUUCACCUGAGAUAACACUUUCAAUCUUCAGUCAGGUUGAGGAUUUUUGAAAUUUCCAAUCGUUUUUCUAGGCACGCAUGAAAGUAGAUGUACUUUUAUUUGAAGUUGUUUUAAUAACUUCUCGAUUAUAACUAAAUAUACUCGAUGAAAUGAAGUUGUUGUUAUAGGUAAUAAACGUUUUGUCAAAAUAAUCAAGACAUUUAUUAAUUUCGAAGAGAACUACCAGUCGUAGUUAAGGAUGUCAAAAAAAGCCACAUCCACCGAAUAUACAUGAAUCAAACUCCGAGUAAUAACACUAACUUCACCUAUAAAACACGUUACAAUUCCCAAAAAAAAUAAAUAACUACUUUUCUUGUCCC